AUGAAAUAUGGGGUUAAAUAUGAAAUUGAUCAAUCUAUUCCAAACGAUUUGCCUGAUUUUCCAUUUAUAGAUGAAAAAGAUUAUCCAUCUGAACGAUGGGAAAUUACACUAAAAGAUCAAGACACAAUAAUAUUUUCUUUUAAUUUUCUUUAUAUUGGGAAAUUUUUAAAUGAAAUUAAGAGAUAUUGUAAAAACAGAAUAAUUACUUUUGAAACAAACAUUCCAAAAGAAAAUAAUUUUUAUUUAUUAUAUCAUUUUAUUAUUUGGAAAAAUAAAAAUAAUUGGUGUGAAGAUUCCAAGGUUUUAAUCUUUAAAAACUCAAUGAUAUUUAUUUUUUGUGAAACUCGAAUUAAAAUUGAUAUUGAUAAUAAUGAAAUUAUAAUUAAAAGUAAUCCAAAAACAGAUACAACUUUAGAAUUAAAAAUGAGUAAAUUUUUAGAAAAUUUAAAAGAAAAACCAUUGCAAGUAAAAAAUUAUUAUUAUUUUUUCACAAUACUUUCUAAAGUUUCAAACUCUGUACUUAUUAAUGAUGAUGGUUUCGAUAUUUGGAUUUAUUCAUUAGAGUAUCCAUUAUUUAUAAUUGCAAAGAAUGGUACAGGUAAAACUAGAUUUUUAAAAAAGGUUUUCACAAACUCUGGGAUUCUUAAAUGUAAACAAUCAAUUUAUUUGAAUGAAUUUAUGGUUUUAUCAUUUAGUAAUGGCGUAAAUAAUGAAGAGGUUAAAUUCUUUGAAGAGUUUUUAAAUGUUUAUAAAGCACAUUCGAUGUUAUCAACUCUAAAUAAUAAAGGAUUCUUAACGAAAUAUAUAUGGAAUUCAAUUAAUGAGGUAUUAAAAUCGAAUAAUUUACCUUUCUCAUUAUUACCAUCGGAUUUAAAGAGUGAUAGAUUAUUAUUUAAAAUGGAUGAUGUAACACUUUAUUACCAUGAUUUAUCAUCCGGUGAAAAAACAUUAUUUAUAGUGUUUGCUUUAAUUGUAUUCUAUCAAGAUAAUUAUUCAGGUAUUGCUGAUGAAGAAGUUUUGUUAUUAUUAGAUGAAAUUGAAACAACAUUGCAUGCUCAAUCAUUAAGAGUUUUAUUUAAUGCAAUUCAUAAACAAAGAAAUAAUUUGAAAAUUAUAAUGUCAACUCAUAAUUCAACAUCAUUAAGAAUUGCAUCAGAGUAUGGUUUUCAUUAUUAUUUAUUAGAGAAAUCUUUAACCAUAUCGGAUGGAAAUUCUGUAAAAAUUAAAGAAUUAAAAUCACAUGAAAAUGCAAUUAGCUAUGUUAGUGAUGGAAUGUUAUCAGUUGUAGAUAGUUCAAAACUUGUAUUUGUUGAAGACGACGAUGAUAGUAAAUUCUAUGAAAUUGCAUAUAAAAAACUAUUUAAUUAUCCACACACAACUAGAUUAGUAUUUUGUAAUGCUGGUAUAAAAAAUAAUAGUCAACAUGAUCUUAAUCAAGUAUCAUUAAUAUUAAAGAAAAUGGAUGGAAAUGAUGAAAAUGUCAAAUCCAUUCAAAAAUUAAUUAAUACCCUAAAAGAAACAAAUACAAUCGGUGGUAAAACAUCAGUUAAAGAAAAGGUUAAAUUACUAUCUGAAAAAUCAGUUACUGAAGAAUCAUUCAGAUUAGGUAAUUCUCAAAUCAUUGGUUUAUUAGAUAAAGAUGAUGGUAAAAAUGAAGGUGAAUUUUUAAUAACAAUUGAUUACUAUAGUUAUGAGAUGUUUUUAUGUUCUCCUUUAGUAUUAUUUUAUAUGAUAAAAAAUGAAUUUUUAAAAACAUCUCCAGAUUCACAUUUAUCAACAAUAACAACAACAACACCAUCAUCACAAGAAAUAAAUACAAAUUUAUCACAACAAGAUAUGGUUUGUUUUGUUAUUGAAAAGUUAAUUGAAAAAGAAGUUGAAACUAAAAAUAGAGAAACAAAUAAAACUUGGAAAGAAUAUUUGGAUAUUUUUUAUGAAGGUAUACGUUCAACAACAUUGUUUGAUGUAAAAUUAGAAAACCAAGCAAUAAUCAAAGUACCUGAAAUUUUUAUAAAUGGAUUUGGUAAAAAAGGAAAAGGUCAUAAUCUCUUUGAUACUUUGGUUAGAAUAUUUGCAUUUGGAUUAAAUAUGCAAGAAUCCACUGAAAAAUUAAAAAUAAAAACACUUGAAGCUUUUGAAAAAAUGUCAACUGAUAAUAUUCCAUCAUGUUUAAGAGAUACAUUUUUAAAAGUAAUGAAUUACUCUUUAAAAAAAAUUACAAAUAAUAACAAUAAUAAUAAUAAUAAUAAUAAUAAUAAUAAAAUAAAAAAUUAA